AUGGAACAGGUCUCAAAAUCAGUUGGUGAAUUUACAGUUGAUCUUUUCAACAAGUUGAAUGAGACCAACAAAGGCAAAAACAUUUUCUUUUCCCCUUUGAGCAUAUCAUCGGCUCUGGCUCUGAUGUACCUGAGUGCAAAAGGCAAUACAGCAACAGAGAUGGCAGAGGUUCUUCACUUCACUCAGGCAGCAGGAGCUGAAGGUUCUUCUACUGUGGCCAGGCCUUCUCGGGGGAGACCAAAAAGAAGAAAAAUGAAUCCUGAGCACAAGCAAGAGGAUGCUAUCCAUUCUGGCUUCAAAGAGCUCCUGUCUGCCAUCAACAAGCCCAGAAGCACCUACUCGCUGAAGAGUGCAAACCGCAUAUACAUAGAAAAAACCUUCCCACUACUACCUGCAUACAUAGAGCUCAGUAAGAACUACUACAAAGCACAGCCACACAAGGUUAACUUUAAGACGGUGCCAGAAAAAUGCCAGAAGGAAAUCAAUGCUUGGGUUGAAAAACAAACCGAGGGGAAAAUCAAGAAUUUGCUCAGUUCGGGAGAUGUAGUAAACUCCACUAAGCUGGUUCUGGUAAAUGCCAUUUACUUCAAGGCAGAAUGGGAAGUGAAAUUUCGUGCAGGAAAUACAGAUCUGCAACCCUUCCGACUGAGCAAGAACAAGACCAAGCCUGUGAAGAUGAUGUACCUGAGACAUACAUUUCCAGUUCUCAUCAUGGAAGCAAUGAAUUUCAAAAUGAUUGAGUUGCCGUAUGUGAAACGCGAACUCAGUAUGUUCAUCCUCCUUCCCAAUGACAUCAAAGACAGCACUACGGGUCUCGAACAGCUGGAAAGAGAACUGACAUACGAGAAGCUAUCCGAAUGGACUGAUUCCAAGAAGAUGACUGAAACUCUCGUGGAUCUGUACCUACCCAAGUUCACAAUGGAGGAGGGAUGGGACCUUAGUGCUACCCUGAGCAGCAUGGGGAUGCACAGUGCCUUCAGCAGCAAUGCAGAUUUCAGCGGAAUGGCUGAGAAGGGUGAUGUGCUGAUCUCCAAAGUUAUUCACAAGUCUUUUGUUGCAGUUGAUGAGAAAGGCACUGAGGCAGCUGCUGCUACUGCAGUUAUAACCGUCACAAGUGCACCUGUUGGCCAUGUUCUGAAAUUUAAGGUUGAUCACCCUUUCCACUUCUUCAUCAGACACAACAAAUCCAAGAGCAUCCUCUUUUUUGGCAGGUUCUGCUCUCCUGUAGAAUGA